CAAAGGGUCCCGGGCACCAUGGUUUGCGAAAUGAGAGCUUGGUUGCACCGACCGCCAGAUCACGUAGCCCCGGCGAGCUAUGCGCGCUUGUAUCCUACCAGGAAGGCCCACGCAACCACAAAGCAUUUCGACCGACUUCGGGCUUGUUUGGCUGGUUGUGCAGCAACUUCUGUGAUGACGAGGCUGCCGCGUCAAUCCUUAGGAUCUGGCGACAAGAAUUUGUUGAUCAAACGCCUAAGCGCUCAGUAUGGUUGCUCUGAGGAAGAGGUGGAGCGCAGCCUUUCCGUGUUCAGACUUGCGGAUCGUUCUGGCGAUGGCUCGAUUCAGCGAGAGG